UACUGAAAUUCGCAUAUCACUGCAGAAACUAAAAGUGAUAUCUUACAAAUACCUAAUGGCGAAAUUUAAAUAAAAUCAACAGGACUGAGAAAUAAUACGGACACUUUUGUGAGUUCUGCCAGUACCACCUUCCCUGAGUACCUCAAUUCUUGUCUCGUAUAAACAAUCACUUAUAACUACUUACAAUAUCUUUAUAACUAGAGUAAUAUAUGGCAUUAUUCUCCGAUUUUUAUUUUAUAGGCAGCAAAGAUAACUGGAAGAAAUAAUCUAUGAGACAGCUUUGAAGGACAAAUUUUAUAAAUACUUUUAUAUAACACCGCUAACCGUCCUCAUCAGCUGUUGAUUUUCCAUUUAAAUUUGAGAAAAAAAGGUGGCAAUCGCUGAUUUAAGUCAGGCUUGCUCUCUGAGGAUAAAUGUGUUUUGUUAUGUACCAAUAACCAGCUGAUAGUGUAUUGCUUUUAAGGAAAAGACGACACUUUAUUUUGUAUUCAAGAGUGUACUAGAACGUUUCUCAAAAUGUGGAAGAUGGUGCUUUUGACUGCUGUUAUUAGCAACGUAGCGAAAGGAUGUUUAUACAAAAAUUUAGAGUGUCCUGAUUAUGCUGUCGUCGAACAACACACUGAUUACGAAGUUCGAUCAUAUAAAGCGAUGACUUGGGCAACUGUUGUAGAAGAAAGCAUGCUUGUCAGAAUUGCUCAAAUUAAAGCUUUCGAACGUCUUUUGAGAUAUAUAAGUGGCGAAAACGAUAAAGGAAUGACGAUGAACAUGACAGUGCCAGUGAGGGUGCAAGCUACAGAGUAUAAAUUCCACUGCACGGUCGAGAUGAGCUUCAUGGUUCCAUCUAUCUAUGCUAUUAAUCCUCCAGUUCCUAACGACACAGGAAUUACUGUUGCUAGAAAUGAACCUGCUCUUUAUGUUGUGAAGUCUUUCCCUGGAUACGUAUGGAGGAAAGGAGCUUGGAAAGAAGAAGCCCGAAAAUUAGCUGAUAGUCUUAAAAACGAUAAUACAGUGAUCAAAACUAAAUAUUACCUAGUUGGAUAUGACGCCCCACUUGAUUUUUAUAACAGACGUAACGAAAUUUGGAUGGUAAAAAGGGCAGGAAAACGCGAAAAAGAAAUGUAGAAGCCAAAUGUUAAUCGUAGCCAAAUGUUUCACCCAUUACUGGAAACUCAUUGAUUUACUUUGCUUAAAUAAGCAGCCUUUAUGAAAAUAUUCUCAUUUCGAAACUGUAAUAUAUUACUCAUUAUUAGUAAUUAAAGAAAUCCCAUAUUAUUAGUAAA